UCCAACUCAGCGCAGCGGAAGUCGUCAUGUGACAAGAGAGGAGCCUUGCGUCAUCGAAAGCGGGACUUUGAUUUCUGACUUGAGAUUCUGAACACUGAAACAAAAAGUUGUGUUACUUUCUUAAAUAGCUGCUUUUUUUCUGUUCACUAGACAUGGCCCUUCAGAUUGAAGCGGAUUUACCAACUGGACUUGCAUGUCUGAAAAAUGUUGAUACCCUGCUUCGAUGUCCCAUUUGCUUCGACUUCCUCAAUAUUUCAAUGAUGACUAAAUGCUCCCACAACUUUUGCUCCUUGUGCAUCAGAAAAUUUCUUUGCUAUAAGUUGCAAUGUCCAGUUUGCAAUACACAAGCAGCAGAACAAGAUCUAAGAACAAACCGUUUAUUGGAUGACUUGGUUCUAAACUUUCAAGCUGCAAGGCAGCAGUUGUCAAAAGCAGAUUUUGACACUCCUCCAAUAUCACCAAAGACCCUAGCUUCGGCUGUCAAAUGCAAAACUCCCGGAGACCGGGGCCAGAAGUCUAACACUACUGUUUUGAGUCACUUUUUCCAAAAGAGGCCUAAAACAUCUCCCGUUAAAGAAACCCAGCGAGAGAGUUCUGUAGCUCGUCUUGUCCCACGGGGGAAAAUACAGACUGCACGAACUCACAAUGCAAAUAACGCUGACCUACAUUCGACAACUGCUCAACUUCCAGUGGUGGUGAAGGAAGAGCCGAUGGAUGUGGAGGACGCAUCCAUUCAGGGUUUGAUGUCAGUCAAACAGGAGGCUGGAGUCUCGCACAGUAUCAGCCCAGGGGUGGAGAUGGCGCACUCCUCGUCGCUAUCAAAAGACAUAAAGCCCGUAAUAAAAGUGGAGUGCCCUGUGUGCUCUGUAAGUGUGCCACAGCAGUUCAUCAACAAGCAUCUGGACACAUGUCUUACCAGAGGAGACAAGAAGGAAAGCUUAAGGAGCUCCCUUGGCAAUGCGAGGCGUCCAAUGACGAAGCUUGUGUACAACCUGCUUUCCAUGCAGGAGCUGAAGAGGAGGCUGAAGGAAUGCCACCUGUCAAUGCAGGGUUCUCGAGACCAGCUGAUCAAAAGACUCCAGGAGUUUGUCCAGAUAUACAAUGCCCAGUGUGAUUCCCUCAACCCUAAAUCAGCUGAAGAUAUUGCCAAAGAGUUGGAGGCCAAUGAGAAGAUCAGGAAUCAACUGCAAGCGAAAGCCAAACCUGUCAUGGUUUUUGCAAAGAAUCAGUCUGAGAAGGAGAUUGAUGCGAUGCAUUCGAAUUACAGGAAGCAGCACAGCAGUGACUUUUCACGCCUGAUUGCCCAGGUUCGGGGUCACCUAGCGACCACCAGGCAGACUCUUAUCAAACAGGAAGUCAUUAAGGAAGGAGAGGACGCACAGAAAACACCCUCUGCAGAUCAAGUUGCAGAAUCAAAAAGCUGCUCAGUAAUAAAGGUAGAAGACGGAGAAUCUGAUGAGGAGCCAACUGCGAGAUGGAUUGAAUUGUCAUCCAGCCCCACCUACAGUGAGGUGUCCAUCAGCAGUUCUAUUUCAGACAUCUUUGGUCCAGAUCCUGUCAGCACCCCCGAAGACACGGAGAGGACCUCAGGACAGAAGAGAGCGUCCUGCACGGGAGGAGACAACGCGGCGUCAUUGCUCGUCAGGGGAAAACGACGCCGGAAAACAGUGGUGUAAAACGUAUCGAUACCAAUAAACGACUGACUUUCAAGCUAAUCAAGAAGGAAUCUUUAUGCACUUUAUGAUCUUUCCUGUCCGGUAUUUCAUUUCAGAUUUCAUUUUUGAAGUCGAGCUGUUUACAUCAUGUGUCAUGGUAUUAUUAAAUAUUUUAACGUACUUUGUGGUCUUGUCAUCCAUGAUGAGCUGUGGCCUUCAGAAUAUCACCAGGUUGCUCCAGGACUAAGCUUCUCAAACACUGUUUAGUGCGGUAGGGAUUUAGUUUCUGUUUACAAAGUGGACACAUUUAGUCUUUUACUUGUUUAAAAAGUAGAUGUAGACAGUUGUCAACAUAGUUUCUACUUGUGUCCCGAUCAAUAUCUAGUUAUAUAUUGCUGCUUGUAACUGUAACCUACAUUAUGUUUUAUAUGUUUGUUUGUUUUUUCAUUACAUGUUCUAAGGUCAAGUGUAAUAUGCAGUUUAAUCUUAAAUAAAUCAGUGAACCCUGCA